GAAGAAGUUCAGCCGGAGGAGGGGGUCACAACAGCCAAGCUCUCUCCACUUUCAUCAUAUGAACUAGUAGCCAUGUUUCCUGAGGCGCUGAGAGAGACAAAGAAGCCGGAGAAAGAUUCUGACAUCUAUGAUACUUUCGCCAAAUGUGAGGUCGAUUAUGUGAUAAAUACAAAUUAUGUGCUUAAGCAUAUCUACAUACUCCAUUCCUCUAAAAAAGUUCUUUUCACCUAUCAUUCUGGGAUGUCAAAAAACUUAUCCGCCUUUACGAAAAAGGUAUGUGUGGUUGACAAUAGCAUAUUAAUUUAUUUACUUUUUUCUUACUCAACAAAGAAUUGUACAUUUUACACUUUAUUUGCAUAUUCUUAAUAAGCGUGCUAUGUCAAAUCAGAAAGAAUUUUUGGGAUGAAAGGAGUGUUAGAUUUUGAGAAUCUUUUAAUUAAGUAUACUCUAAAUAUUACGGAGUAUAUAUAGAGUAUACUUGAUUAAAUUAUUUGUAUAUCACAAAUGUAUAAUUAAAUUCAGAAUGAAAAUGAGAAUAUUAUUAAUUUAUUAUUUCAAUAGAGUUUAUCGGAUGAAAAAUAUAUCAUUUGGUAAACAAAGUAUAUAACACAUUGGCACUAUUUAUUAUCCAUAUGAUAUAACUUUUCUAAAAUAUUAUUGGGGGCAUGAUAAAAAAUUAUUGGGGGCAAUUCAUUUUUAAUUAAAAACUACUUCCUAAUAAUCCUAUAAUAUUAAUGCAUUAAUAGAAUCUUAUUGGGGGCAUGUGCCCCCACUAUAGACAAUGUAGAUCCGCCCCUGCUUACCCGAAGGGUGUGAUAGAAGAUGUGCUAGUAGAAAUGAAAAAUAUGGUUUUCCCAGUCGACUUCUAUGUCCUCGAAAUGGGAAAUGAUUAUCAAAUAACACCUAUCCUGUUGGGUAGACCCUUCUUAAAGAACUCAAAAACUAAAAUUGACGUGUCUAGUGGUUCAUUAACCUUAGAAUUCAAUGAUUAAAAAGUAGAGUUCAAUAUCUUUGACUCUACGAAAGACCAAAUUAAAGAUCACUCUCUGUGCUCUUUAAAUAUUUUUGAACCACAGGAACUGAUAUUUUUGGAGAAAUCUUAUAAAAUCCCAAUUUUUCAAGAAGAGGAGAAAAUUGAGCAUAGAAAGUCAUCGUUGGUUGAGAUGUUGACAAGAACGAAAGUUCAGCCUUACUGGAAAAGGCCGAAAAAUAAAAAUGAAAAAUAGCCAAAUAGGGCCUUGAAAAAUGAAACAAGGGACGCUCAUGAUCCCACAUAAAACAAAAAAAAAAGUGAAUAACGUCGUGCCGCGACGUUAAAUAAGGCGCUUGUUGGGAGGCAACCCAAGUUUAUAUUUUGUUUAUUUUCAUUCAUUUUUGUGUGUGUUCUUACGUUUUCAAAAAAAAAAGGAGAUCCAGGGGAUGAUACCCGAUCGGGCAACACUCUCUACCCGGUCGGGUAUAGGCAAAAAAUUGAAAUAGGCCUGGAUCGGGUAACCCACACUCGAUCGGCUCAGGGGUUGAAAAUAAUAACGUACCCGAUCGGGUACCACUACCCACCCGGUCGGGUAUUGUUCAAAAAAUUCAAAAAAAAAAUCUUGUAGCUACUUACUCGAUCGAGUACCCGGCCUAUUCGAUCGAGUAUCAACCCCUGGGCUGAAUUUAAUAAAACAAACACAUACCCGAUCGGGUGUACACAUGUACCUGGUCGGGUGUAUUUUGAAAAAAGAUGAUUUAGUUCGUGGC